CUCACUAGUUAUUAGGUUUGUGCGGCACCACUCAGACUAAGAGUUUUCCAGUCUUAAAGAAGACAAAGGUUGUUAAUGCCUCUCCAACUUGUGCUCUAUGUGAAUUUGUUAUGCAACAAUUAGACCAGAUGUUAGGACAGAACGCAACUGAGGCUGAGAUCAUUGCUGCUCUUGACGAUGUGUGUGCAAGGCUUCCCGGUUCCCUUGCAGAAGAGUGCAAAAGCUUUGUUGAUGAAUAUGGACCAGCUGUUAUUCAGUUGCUUGUCAAUGAACUUGACCCACAGAAAGUGUGCUCUGUGCUGGGACUGUGCAAAGGAAAUACUCUUAAAGUUCCUGCGAAAAAUGAUCAAGAAUGCGAUUUAUGCAAAUUACUUGUUCAAUAUCUGGAUUCAACAUUGGCAAAAAAUGCUACACAACAGGAGAUUGAGAUGGCUUUGAAACAGAUUUGUGCUGUUCUCCCUUCUGAACUGAAAGAUCAGUGUAAUUCGUUGGUUGAUCAGUAUGGACCUAUCCUGUUUCAGUUAUUAGAACAACUGGCAACACCUGAUGCAGUUUGUAAAUUCAUCGGACUGUGUCAGAGUUCUACCAAGAAUGUAGGUCUGAAUAAAUGCACCUAUGGUCCAUCAUAUUGGUGUGCAAAUGAAAGUAACGCCAUGAUGUGCAAUGCUGUUGAACAUUGCAAAAAUCAUGUUUGGUAAACAUUUUGUUUGCUAUGCUAAUUGGAAUACUUAAUGCAGCUGAUUGUUUAUUCAAGAUAUAUGCAAGUAGUCUAGAUAGAAUCACUAUUUGCUUUAACAUUAAGAUGAAAGUAUUUCUUGUUCACAUGUUGUUGAUGUUAUGUGUAUAAAUUUAUUUUGUAUUUUCUUGAAAAAAAUCUAUUGUAAUUAUUCAACAUUCUUUUUCCUCAAUUGAGACAGUUAAUGUUUUUUUGUGAAACCUAAAAUGAUGUACAAGAAACACUUUAUCAUAUCAAUCUAAAUGUUAAUUAUUAAACUAAAAUGAAAAUUUACUAAAAACAUGGUUUUUAUACACCUGUGAGAAUAAAUGUUGCCUAAAUGGAACUUACUGACUGUCCUUAGCAAUGCAUAGUAACCACUGAUAAUAAAUAUAGGAUAGGAAUUCACUUUUAUUAUUUUUUUAAUAAAUUCAUAGUGAAUUCUUGAAGUUUUUUUGUGUGCUUUGAAAAAAUUAUUAUGUUAGAAACACUAAUAUGUAUUUUGGUUUGAUGAAUGACUUAAAUCUGUGAGGGUGCACUUCCUACUGCUACACUUGGUAAUGAUAUACCGGGUAAUCAUGUUGGUAUGCAUAGAAUGGUGAUGUAAUCAUGUUGGUACGCAUAGAAUGGUGAUGUAAUCAUGUUGGUACACAUAGAAUGGUGAUGUAAUCGUGUUGGUACACAUUGAAUGGUGAUGUAAUCGUGUUGGUACACAUAGAAUGGUGAUGUAAUCGUGUUGGUACACAUAGAAUGGUGAUGUAAUUGUGUUGGUACACAUAGAAUGGUGAUGUAAUCGUGUUGGUACACAUAGAAUGGUGAUGUAAUCGUGUUGGUACACAUAGAAUGGUGAUGUGAUGCAUAAAGAGAUUAACACCUGAUUAUGCAAAUAUUAGAUCUCGCAGUUAUAAAUUAUAUUUUGGACAAUUUUCUUUUUUAUCAGGGAACUAAUUGUAUAAUGUUAUAUGGCUGUAAUAGAAUUAUCUGAAUAAAAUGAUGGAACAUAAAAA